GAGGUUGGGCAAUGUGACGAAACCAACCCUUUGAAGCCUACUUCCUUUUCCCUCCCCAAUUCUGUUUCAACCCCUUCUGUUCUUUCGCAGAAAGAACAGGGAAAAGGAAGGGGUUCAUCGCGACGAGGGGGAGGCGCACCUUUACAUUCAAGAACAACAGCUGGAAUCGUCUUCAUCAUCAGCUCCGUCUCGACGUCCUGUAUAGAAAAUGGACGAUUCCCCGCUAAAUAACCUGUUUGAUGGAGAUGGAAUGGAUUCACCGACAACCGCGGAUAGCUCUAGCUCCACGGAAUCACCGCCGAGCUCCACGUCCACGUCGUCGUCCCCGCCGUCGUCGUCGCCUCCUUCCAGCCCGCCACCGUCCACGCAGUCGCCCCCACCGACCAAUUCCUCGGGCUCUCCAUCGUCGCCACCUUCCCCUCCGCAGUCGGCGCCACCAGCAGGUGCCGGCGGGUCCCCCCCGUUGCAAGGCUCGCCGCCAGCGACGAAGGCCGUCCCGUCCCCGCCGGCUCCGAAGCAUAGCGGCGACGGUGGCUCCUCCUCGGGGAGCGGGAGCUCCAAGGGAGGAGGCGUCUCGAGUAGCCGUGGCGAGAGCGAAAGCAGCAGCAACGGCGCAACGCCAAUGGCCGGCGUUGUCGCCGGCAUUGUGAUCGGGGUCCUGGCCUUCGGCCUGCUGCUGGCCAUCGUCUCGUGCGUGUGCUGCGCCAAGAAAAAGAAGAAGAGGCCGCCGCAUAUGCACAUGCCGUACUACACCGACGAGAAAGGGAACGUGUACUACGCAAACAGCAUGCCCAAGUGGCAGAACAGCGUGGACCACGGCGGCGGCUGGCACCCGCAGUACUCGCCGGGCCAGCCGCCGACGAGCGGGGAGAUGAGCGGAUCACACGGGACGGGGCCGCUGCCGCCGCCAUCACCGGGCAUGACGCUGGGGUUCUCGAAGAGCUCCUUCUCGUACGACGAGCUGGCGUCGGCGACGGGCGGGUUCUCGUCGGCGAACCUGCUGGGGCAGGGCGGGUUCGGCUACGUGUACAAGGGCGUGCUCCCGGGCAGCGGCAAGGAGGUCGCCGUGAAGCAGCUCAAGUCCGGAAGCGGGCAAGGCGAGCGCGAGUUCCAGGCCGAGGUGGAGAUCAUCAGCCGCGUCCACCACCGCCACCUCGUCUCCCUCGUCGGCUACUGCAUCGCCGGCUCGUCCCAGCGCCUCCUCGUCUACGAGUUCGUCCCCAACGACACCCUCGAGCACCACCUCCACGGGAAGGGCGUGCCGGUGAUGGACUGGCCGGCGAGGCUCGCCAUCGCGCUCGGCUCAGCCAAGGGCCUCGCUUAUCUGCACGAAGAUUGCCAUCCUAGGAUCAUCCACCGUGACAUCAAGGCGGCUAACAUCCUCUUGGACGAGAAUUUCGAGGCUAAGGUUGCGGAUUUCGGGCUUGCCAAGUUGACCACGGACACCAACACGCAUGUCUCCACGCGCGUCAUGGGAACUUUCGGGUAUCUGGCUCCAGAGUACGCGUCGAGCGGCAAGCUGACGGACAAGUCAGACGUGUUCUCGUUCGGCGUCAUGCUGCUCGAGCUGAUCACUGGCCGGCGACCGGUCGACCCAACCAACUACAUGGAGGACAGCUUGGUCGACUGGGCGAGGCCCCUCUUGGCGCGCGCGUUAUCGGAGGGCGGCAGCUUCGACGAGCUGGUUGACCAGCGCCUGGACAACAGGCUCGACGGUUCGGAGCUGGAGCGCAUGGCCGCCUGCGCCGCCGCCGCCGUCCGCCACUCCGCCAAGCGCCGCCCCAAGAUGAAGCAGAUUGUCCGUGCGCUGGAGGGCGACGCGUCGCUGGACGACCUGAACGAAGGGGUGAAGCCCGGGCAGAGCAUGAUGUUCAGCGGGGGGACGGAUUACGACUCCGGCAACUACGCCUCCAACAUUAGCAAGUUCAGGAAGGUGGCUUUCGAGAGCAGCAUCGAGGACAGCAGCGAGUACGGGACCCAGUCCAGCGCCGACUCCGGGGAGCGAGCCCGGCGGCAACAGCAGCGCUAGCCGGUAUUAUAUGAUCCGAGGCAUCGAGCUAGGCAUAUCAUUUCUUCCGUGGGUGCGAAAAUGUGGUGCGCAAUAUGGCGAAUUGAUGGGAACCCAGGGGGGCGUGCUGUGUGUUGGGGGGAUACGGUUAUGCAAAUUUGCAUACCGAGUGUUUCGUCUGACCGCUUUGUUGUUUGUAUUAUAUUGCGAUUUACUGGUGUAUCCGAUGUAUUCCUGUGUAAUGUGCUAUUCUUGAAUGACAAAACUUGAUACGGGAUACUUUAAAAACGUGGCUUUUGUUGAAGGAUAGCGUAAAAAUGUGGGUUUGAAUG